AUGUCUCCGAUUCCGUCUGCGGAGAACGAAGUCGCAGUGACCGAUGUGAGGGAGUCUACUGCACACGAAGAAGCUCAGGAAUUGGAGGAUAUGAGAAAUCAUGUCAAGUUCUCAAGUUUGGUCUUGAUUUCAAUCGUACUGUGCUUGGCGACUUUGUGCGUAGCAGUGGACAAUACGAUAAUCUCGACCGCUGUCCCUCGGAUUACCCAUGACUUCCACAGCAUCGACGAUGUGGGUUGGUAUGCAGCAAUCUACCCAUUGACGUCCUGCGCAUUCCAACCUUCCUACGGCAAGAUGUAUACGCUCUUCUCCAGCAAACUCGUCUUCCUAGCAGCGUUGCUGAUAUUCGAGAUCGGAAGCGUUGUAUGUGCUACCGCACCGAAUUCUCAUGUUUUCAUUCUUGGACGCGCAUUAGCAGGUCUGGGGUCUGCUGGGAUACAAGCAGGUACUACACUCAUUCUUGCUGAAUGUGUUCCGCUACACAAGCGACCGACAUGGAACAGCAUCAUUGGUAGCAUUUUUGCAGUCGGGAGCGUAGCUGGGCCUUUACUGGGAGGAGCGUUCUCAGAUUCAACUACCUGGCGUUGGUGUUUCUACAUCAAUCUCCCAAUCGGAGGCGCUGUCAUGAUCUUCAUCGCCUUUUUCUAUGACGGUAGCCGCGGCGGCAAGAGAACAUUUGAGUCGACCGGAUUUCGCAGCCAGAUCGCACGCUUCGACUUGGCUGGUACUUUCACCUUUGUGUUGGCAACGGUUUGUCUUCUCCUAGCACUCUCAUGGGGUAGGACCACAUAUGCAUGGGACAAUGCCCGCAUCGUAGCCCUGCUGAUGGCUGCUGGUGUCCUGUUUUGUUCUUUUGUCGGCGUCGAAUACUGGAGGAAAGAUGGCGCCAUCAUUCCUUUGCGUUUACUACGCAGGCAAAGCAUACUUGCAGCAAUCUGGUUUGGCCUCUGCCUUGGAGGUGUGUUCUUUGUACGUGAUUCCAACGCAGACUUCACAGUACAUCUGGCUGACCAAGAUACUAUAACCUUCCAGGUCAAUGUUUUUUACAUACCGCUAUGGUUUCAGCUCGUCGAUGGUGUUUCUGCCGUCGAAUCCGCAAUCUUGUUCAUCCCAUUCAUGCUUAGUGUCGUUGGUGGAUUCAUGUUCGCAGGCUUUGGGACCGCUGCAACGGGAUAUUACACACCUUUCGUCUACGCUAGCUCAAUUCUUAUGUCGAUAGGUACUGGCUUUUUGAUGACUGUUCGGCCUCAGUACACCUCGAGAGCCAAAUGGGUCGGAUUUCAGAUCCUGUGCGGAACCGGAAUUGGCCUAGGAGAAGAGCAAGGACUAUACAUGGUGCAGACGACGCUUCCUGAAAAUGAUGUGGCAACUGGUCUCGGGAUCAUCUUGUUCGCGCAGACGUUUGGCGGAGCCGUCUUCGUGUCAGUUGCGCAGGCAGUCUUCUUGGAAAACAUCACCAAGACACUAAAAACACUGGCCCCGAACCUGGACCCUCGCUCUGUUCUAAGCGGCGCAUCGACGGCCCUACCGGGCUCUUCUCAUGCUCAGGCAUCACCAGAAUUGCAGGCAGUCUAUGGCGUGGCGGUCAAAGACGCUCUUCGUGUUGGGCUUAUACUAGCAACGGUCUCCAGUCUAGGUGCCUUGUUGUACGAUUGGAAAAGUUUGAAGACUGAGCUCGAUAAUGGAAGGGAUGCACGUACCAGUGAUCAUGAGCUGGAACAUGUAGCGGAAGUUCGAGCAGAGGGUAUAGUGAAAUAA